UAUUUCUGACGUUUCUUUUUCAGUAUAAGCGUCCAUUUUGUAGUUUCCCAUGCAAAACGUGAAUAUAUUGUUUCCGUUAAAGUUUUUUAAACACUGCGUUGUACUUAAUAAAUAUUAUAAUAAAAAAAAAACAAAUUUAACAACAAUUUAUUUAUAUUAAAUGUCUUUUUUUAUAUGAUUUAUUUGUAUCAUAAUGUCGGACAAUAUUGUUUCUAAGUGUGUACAUAUAUCAGUGUGACGGUAAUUUUUGUUAGAGACUAUAUUUAUUUGAUAAUUAUAUUAAAUAUGGAGUUUGCACAACCACCCCCGAAUCUAGCAAUGCCACCUCCUAAUUUAACCGUACCUCCGAUGAUGGGUGGAUUUAAUAAUAAUAAUCGACCGCAGUUUCGCCCUUUUAUGAAUUUACAUAAACCUUUACCGGGUCCUUUAGGUAAUAUGACCUUAGAGGAUUUUGAUGGAAAACGUUUAAGAAAAUCCGUUAUGAGAAAAACCGUAGAUUAUAAUUCAGCUAUUAUUAAAGAAUUAGAAAAUCGAGUUUGGCAACGUGAUAGCAGAGAUAGAAGAGCCCUUCAACCUGAUCCUAUGUAUUAUCCUGAUUUAAUGCCUCCUCCUAGUUAUCCUGAUAACCCUAUUAAUUGUGUUACUACUAGAUUCGUUAAAACUGCUACUAAUAAGAUGCGAUGUCCUAUUUUUUGUAUGGCGUGGACUCCGGAAGGUAGAAGACUCGUCACCGGCGCUAGUUCUGGAGAAUUUACUCUAUGGAAUGGAUUGACGUUCAAUUUCGAAACGAUUUUACAGGCGCACGAUAGUCCGGUUAGAACGAUGGUGUGGAGCCACAACGACAGUUGGAUGAUAACCGGCGAUCACGCGGGGUAUGUCAAGUAUUGGCAGUCAAACAUGAACAACGUGAAAAUGUUUCAAGCGCACAAAGAAGCCCUACGUGGAAUAAGCUUCAGCUCAUCGGACAACAAAUUCGUUACGUGUUCGGAUGACGGUACGUUGCGUAUAUGGGACUUUUUCCGCUAUCAAGAAGAAAGGGUUCUACGAGGUCACGGGGCUGACGUCAAAUGCGUCCAUUGGCAUCCGCAAAAAGGUCUCAUCAUAUCCGGUAGCAAAGAUAACCAACAACCGAUAAAAUUAUGGGAUCCGAAAACCGGUCAAUCGCUGGCAACAUUACAUGCGCACAAAUCUACGGUGAUGGAUUUGAAAUGGAACGAAAACGGUAAUUGGUUGAUAACCGCGUCUAGGGAUCAUUUAUUGAAAUUGUUCGACUUACGUAACCUUAGCCAGGAAGUGCAAACGUUCAGGGGACAUAAAAAGGAAGCUUCCAGCGUCGCUUGGCAUCCUGUACACGAAGGAUUAUUCUGUAGCGGAGGAUCGGACGGCGCCAUCAUGUUUUGGCACGUCGGAGCGGAUAAGGAAGUUGGCGCCAUAGAACAAGCUCACGAUAGUAUAGUAUGGACGUUAGCGUGGCAUCCCUUAGGGCAUAUAUUAUGUUCCGGUUCCAACGAUCACACCAGCAAAUUCUGGACGAGGAACCGACCGGGUGAUCAGAUGAGGGAUAAAUAUAAUUUGAAUACACUUCCUGCGGGAAUAGCCGGAUUAGAAGACAUCGAUAUGGGAGAUGAACCUACUUCCAUAAUACCGGGUAUGGGGCCGGAAGAUAAAGUCGACAUAACCUCAAUUUUGGUAGACGAUACUCAAGCUAUACCCGGUUUGGAUUUGGACGGCGUUAUCAACGAAGAGAAACCCAAACCGAAGAAGGUGCCUUUCAGUAAGCCGAUUCCCCGUAAUUUCCAAGCCCAAUGGAACGAAACCACCGAUGAUCCGACCGGGGCUCUUAACGAAGUUAUCAGUCAACUCGUGGAAAAUACGCCGGGAGUGGUACCCUUGCAACAGAUAGCUCCUAACGCCAUUAUUAUAUACGGGAAAUUGAUACCGGUGGAACCCGGUUCCAAAUUAGAACAAGCGAUUUCCGAGGGUCCGGACGCCCUUCAAAAAUUCAUCGAUUCCGGCGAAAUCGAAGAACUUCACGACGUCAUGCCGAUUAUCGACGAAGCGUAUCUGAACGACGAUUACGACGGCGAUACGAAAAAAGAAGAAGAAUCGAAUCCGCCGACGAACAUAGCGGAUAACGAUACGGGGAACAAUAUGGGCGAUAUCGAUUUCAGAAACGAUACGGAUUUCAGGAAUUCCUCGUCGGGUCGAAGGGAUUUCGAUAUGAGGAAUCGACAGCUCGAUGAGGAUUUCCGGUUCCGGAACGAAGACGAAGAUUUCAGGAACGCGCCGUUCGGACGAGACGAUAACAGUUUCUCGGAUAAUUUCUACGACGACGGUCCCUCGAAUACAGGAAAUUGGCAACGAAACGGCAACUUCGGAAGAGAUUUCCGACAUGGCGGUCCCCGUCCCAGAUCCCCCUUCCGCCCCAGAUCGCCACCCGGCGGUCACAGACCCAGAUCCCCGCUGGGAGGCCCCCGGAUUCGAUCGCCAUUAAACAGUUCGCGCACCAGAUCCCCUCUAGGGGGUCCCCGAACUAAACCGCCGUUCAAUUCGAACUUCAGAAACAACGAUUUCAGAAAUUUCGACGAUCCGAGGAACUUCGCCCCGAACGACGCCCCCAGGACCUACGACGGCGCCGAUUGGAACGACGAAGAAUCCUUCGACGACAACUGGGAAAAUCGCAGCGAGGACAAUUGGAACGACGCGGAAGGAGACAGAUGGAACGAACAAGAAGAAGACAAUUGGCAAAGCGCGCCCGGUUUCAACAGAAGGGGCGGUCGGAGAGACAACAGAGGCGGAAGGGGCGGGAAAAUGAGGGGUAGCCGAAGAGGCGGGGGGAUAAUUAGAGGCAAGAGGAGAGGUUCGAGGGGACCGCGCGGCGGUAUCAGGAACCUCGGCGGGAAUACUAGAGGUGGACGAUACAAUUAACGUUUCGAAAAUAUGGAAUUUAUCGGUAAUUAAAAAAGUUAAUCUAUUUUGAGCUUAGUUUACAGGUAAAAUCACCGAAAUCAGGAAUUUUUUUUUUCACUCCGUCCUAUCUCAACUGUCAUAAUUGUCACUUGUCACAUUUAUUAGACGUAUGUGAAAUCGACGCUAAUUCUAAGCUAAUUUACGUUAAUUUUUUUUAAUUGCUGAUCGAAGUGAUGUUCUUUUGACCGAUUUGUGAUAAAAACCCUUUUUUUUUUUCGUUUUUAUUCAUUUAGCGUCGGAUCGAUGUGAACGGGAAAAGUGCCGGUGGAACCGCGUAUUUGCUCUGGAACACCCUGUAUAUUUAAAUCGAUGCGUAUAGAUUGUACUUCUUUUUUUUUUGUAAAAUAAAGUGAAAAUCGAUGA